UGUUCCCCCCUCCCCCAACAGCCGUGCUCCUAUUUCACUCAAAGAUGGCGUCGGCUCUAGAGCCCCUGGUCCUCUGGCUGCAUUUUUAGCCUUGUUGUUGUCUUCGUUCCCCACGGUUCUGGCACCUUCUUCGCAGCGGCUCGACACGAAAUUCCGUUUUUAUCAGCUAUUGAGGCACAGUGGACGUGAAGGUGAUCAAAGCUGACUUCUCCCCUGUGGAGGGAAAUUUCCUCCACUCCACAGAUGAGAAUCCCACAUCAGUGAAAGAAGAACAAGUGGAGACAAGAGAAGAAGAAGAAAAAAACAGGGAUUUGGAGCUAUCUACUCUGCUUCCUUCCUCUCUUUACAUUGUAACACUAAUCUCAUGUUCAGGAGACCUUGAUCGAAUCUGUCAACUCGCACUACGACGUGUUUACUUCACCGCUGGCAGAAAACAGACUUUUUUAACACUUUAACAGAAGAAGGACUUUAUUUUUGUGACUGUGAGCGCUACCCCCUAAAUUAAGAAAUCAACCAGUUUUUUUGUUGUUGUAUUUUUUUUUUUUUUUUUUUUGGCUCUGUGGGAGUUUCAUUUCUAAAGAUCUGUUGCUCUUUCCACUUCCUCCUGCUUCCUGCCAGGCACGCUCACCUGGUUAGGAGUGGGCGGCAGGUGGACCGUAUUUUACCAGGCAGCGGGUCGGCUCGGGGGAGAUUGUGCUAUGAUCAACAGCUCCUUUCCGCGUUGCUCAUACUCGGCUUCUGAGGGACUCUCUGUGCGGCCCCAGGACAAGGGAUAGUAAGCUGGUUGAGGACGAAGAAGAGGCGGCGGCGCUUCGGCGCAGGCCAGGCAUUUACUUGGCUCACGGCUAUCUAUUAUUUUAUUGGUAUUUUUGUUAUUGUUGCUGUUUUUCGUUUGUGGUCCGUGCGGUAAGGCCUCUGGGCCACUGCAUCUGCCCAGGCUGCAGCUAUGGUGAAGCUGGCCAACCCGGUUUACACCCAAUGGAUCCUAGAGGCCAUCAAGAAGGUCAAGAAGCAGAAGCAGCGACCGUCGGAGGAGCGCAUUUGCAAUGCGGUGUCGAUGUCCCACAGUUUGGACCGCAAGACCGUUCUGGAGCAGCUGGAGCUCAGCGUCAAGGACGGCACCAUCCUUAAGGUCACCAACAAGGGCCUCAACUCCUACAAAGACCCAGACAACCCUGGGCGCUUGUCUCUGCCGAAGCCAAAAGGCGGUGGCGGUGGUGGUGGCGGCAGCGGCGCGGGAGGUGGUGCAGCUGCAUCAGCGGGAGGCGGCAGCAAUAAUGGCGCCAGCAGCACGUCUCAUUCGCACUCCGGCAAAAAACCCGGACUCGACUGGAACAAGCUGAUCAAGCGUGCACUGGAGGGCCUCCACGAACCCGGCGGCUCCAGCCUGAAGAACGUGGAGCGCUUCCUGAAGUGCCAGGCGGACGUGGCGGCCUACCUGUCGAGCAGCGGCUCCAUAGGAGCCGGCCUCUUCCACCAGCACCUGAGGGUGGCUCUGAAGAGAGCGGUGGCGCACGGCCGCGUGGUCAAGCAGGGACAGACCUUCCAGCUGGUGAGCCGCAGUGGAGGCGGAGGCGGCGGCUGCCAGAACGACGGGACUGGGACGGUGUCUCUGGAAACGCUGCCGCCCGUUCGACUGCUUCCUCAUGAGAAGGACAAGCCCGUGGCGGAGCCCAUCCCCAUCUGCAGCUUCUGUCUGGGGACCAAGGAGCAGAACCGCGACAAGAAGCCUGAGGAGCUCAUCUCCUGCGCCGACUGCGGCAACAGCGGCCACCCGUCCUGCCUCAAGUUUUCCCCAGAGCUCACUGCACGAGUUAAAGCUCUGUGGUGGCAGUGCAUCGAAUGCAAGACCUGCAGCAGCUGUCAGGAUCAGGGGAAGAAUGCGGAUAACAUGCUGUUCUGUGAUUCUUGUGACCGGGGCUUCCACAUGGAGUGCUGCGAUCCGCCUCUCACACGGAUGCCCAAAGGCAUGUGGAUUUGUCAAAUCUGCCAACCCAGGAAUAAGGGAAAGACGCUUCUGCACGAAAAGGCGGCGCAGAUCAAACGGCGGUACAACGCGCCGCUGGGGCGGCCCAAGAACAGACCAGGGCGACCCUUCAAGAAGCUGGGAGGCCGAGGUCGGAGGAAGCGCUCCACCUCGGCCAACUCUUCCUCCAGCUCCUCUUGUGAAGGUUACCCCGGCGAUGACCGGCUACUUUUUUCGAUGCGCGGGGACGACGAGCAGUCCAACAGCAGCCUGCACUUCAACAGCAAGACCAAGGGCCUCAUCGACGCCCUCACCAAGUUCUUCACGCCAUCGCCGGCGGGCCGCAAGGCGCGGCAGGAGGUGGUGGACUACUCGCAGCAGUGUCGCAUUCGGAAGAAAGCGGGACGUAAAGGAGAAGGAGAUGACGGGGGUGACAAUCAGGACGGCAGCGACUGGCGGGAGGACGAAGACAAACUGCCCGGACACGAGAACCUGACAGAAAAAGACAUUGAACUGUUCAAACAUAUUCAGGAGCUGGCGCUUCAGAAAGUUGGCGUGACUGGUCCACCAGACCCACAGAUGCGCUGUCCGUCAGUCAUUGAAUUUGGCAAGUUUGAAAUCCAGACCUGGUACUCGUCUCCGUACCCGCAGGAGUACAGCAGGCUCCCCAAACUGUACCUGUGUGAGUUCUGCCUGCGCUACAUGAAGAGCCGCAGUAUCCUCUACCAGCACAUGAAGAAGUGCAGCUGGUUCCACCCUCCGGCCAACGAGAUCUACAGGAAGGACAAGGUUUCUGUUUUUGAGGUCGAUGGAAACGUUAGCACAAUCUACUGUCAGAACCUGUGUCUGCUGGCCAAACUUUUCCUGGACCACAAGACCCUUUACUACGACGUCGAGCCCUUCCUUUUCUACGUCCUCACGCAGAACGACAACAAAGGUUGCCAUCUGGUCGGCUACUUCUCCAAGGAGAAGCACUGUCAACAGAAAUACAACGUAUCAUGCAUCAUGAUUCUUCCACAAUACCAGCGCAAGGGCUACGGACGCUUUCUCAUCGACUUUAGCUACCUGCUGUCAAAACGGGAAGGGCAACCCGGCUCCCCGGAAAAGCCCCUGUCGGACCUGGGCCGGCUGUCCUACAUGGCCUACUGGCGCAGCGUGGUGCUGGAGUGCCUUCACGAGGUCCGCGACCGGCAGCUCACCAUACGGCAGCUCAGCAAGAAGACGGGCAUCUGCCCGCAGGACAUCACCACCACCCUGCACAGCCUCAACAUGCUGGAGCAGCGAGGAGACAGGCUUGUGUUGGUGCGAAGGGAAAAGGUGGUGGCCAACCACAUGGCUCGCCUCCUGGCUCGGCCGCGACAGCUGGAAGUUGACCCCGAGUGUCUCCGCUGGACGCCGGUCAUUGUCACAAAUACCGUCGUCUCGGAAACGGAUGGAGAGGAGGAGGAGGAAGAGGAGGACAACGAAGGACCAGACGAUGGCAUUCAUAAGAUGAAACCAAGCCACAAGGUUCCAACAACACCCUGGCAGAUGCAGCAGAGAGUGGAGGAUGAAGAAACAAAGGGCUUCCUGGGGUUUCCCAUCAACCAAAGCACCCCAGCUUCCCCAUCCGUCCAUGGCCAGCCGUCUGUCCCAGAUGCUGCGCACCCUCCUCUGCCAACGAACGGCGAGCGUCGGCCGCGGGGUCGUCCACCCAAAAACUGCCCCUGGGGCAAGAUAAAGAACAGCACGCGCGUCGGACGGCCACCCAAGAUCCGCCCCAUGGAAGACGAGGACGAUGAAGACGAUGAGAUUCUGGGGGAGGGCCGGACAGCUGGCUCUUCGAGCAGCCCACCGUCCCUUUUCUCCUUGGAUAGACAGGGAGACUCCUCAGCUUUUCACUCUCUGGACUUGGCGAGGUACCCCUCCAUAACCCCUACCACGCGAAGAGGGCGACCGCCGAGAAAGAAGAGGGGCCCGAAGCCUAGGCUUCCAGACGGGACUGGGGAGGGACUGACACAGUCGGUCCUGUUCAGGUUAAAUGAAGCGGCGUCUGUCGACAAGAGCUGCUUCAGCGAGAGCAGCGACGACGAGGAGGACGACGACGAAGAUGACGACGAGGAGAGGGGAUGCUCCCCGCCCAUCCUCACCAAGCCAGCAAUAGGCCUCAAAUGCAAGAAACCCCUAAAGAGGCCUCGGUUUCGUCGGAGCAGUCACCCACAGAGCAGCGUGGUGACGGAGACCAUUUCCGAGACGACAGAGGUGUUGGAUGAGCCCUUUGUAGACUCAGAUUCCGAGAGGCCUAUGCCCAGACUUGUAGAGGAAACGUCUCUGGGCCACCCACUGCGUCGCUACCCCCCAGCGAGAUCUGCUCUGAGAUUGUCUGAGCCAACACCCAAGAGACCUCGCCACUCCAACCUCUCUGAUUCAGAGGAAGAUGAGCUAACACCUGUUCUGAGUGUAUCCGCACUGGCAGCGAGGCCAUCAGAGUUAACAGUGGUCAACCCCGAGGUCCCUGUCAAGAAGAAGAAGGGUUGGCCAAAAGGAAAGAGCCGCAAACCGCAGUGGGCGAAAUGCGAUCCCGGGAAACCCCCCGGUGGUGGGCCUAACCAAGAAGGCGGCCAGAUCCAAAGCAGAGAUUUGCACACCCCUAAAAUCAAAAUGAAGCCUGGCCGCAAGCCGCGGGGCUGGUAUCUUCAACGGGAGGAGGCGGAGAAGCAGGAGAAGGAAAGACAGCGGCUGGACAAAGACUCCCAGCUGCUCCAGGGAGAGGAUCACACAAGUCUGCGACUCGGCGAAACUGACAAACAAAAAGACUCGGACGAUGACGACUAUUUCCCUAAACCUACCGAACAAAAAGUGCCCAAAAGGCGAGGGAGGCCGCCAAAGAACCGUUCCAUCCACCAGCCACCGCAGCCUGCCGCCAAGCCUCCUCCCACCUCCGAGCCGGACGAAGAGGAUGAAGAAGAUGACGACGAGGACACUGAAACCGCAUGGGUGGACGACAAGCCCAGCCGUCCACCAUCCCGUCCCCUACUGUCCCCCUCUUCUUCCUCGUCUGCGUCAGGGCCACGGGCCCCACAUUCCCAACCCCACGACGCAGAGGUAGCUGACGGGCAGGACGAUGACGACAACGAAGACAGGGAAGAAGAGGAAAGUGGCAGCAUGGGCAGCGGAGGCAGCAGCGUCACCAGGCGAGUGGCCGUCACACCGGGUUCCGGCAGCAGGCGGAGCGAAGAGCACGACGCAGAUGACGAAGGUGACGGGCAUUUAGAAGACAAGAGCAACAGCUGCAAGUCGAGAAAAAGACAGGAUACGGACGACGAAGAAGACGAGGAGGAUGAGGAGGACGAGGAUGAGCCCACAUCUCGGCCAAACUCUCCUCCGGUCAAAGAAGAACCCCAAGGUGGCGAGGCUUUUUUAGACAUGGACAACAGCGUGGUGCCAACCUAUGUCAGCAAGCAGGAGGAAGACGAGGAGGAGGAGGAGGCUGAGAAGGAGGUGCAGGAAGCCAAGUCUCCGCCUCCUUCCACUGACCCCGUGCAGGAGGAGAGGCGGCGCAGGGAGCAAGAGGAGUCGGCCGCAGCGGCUGCAGCCGUGGAGACGGUCACCGCUAUGGCCGUCCCUUCUGAGAACAUGCAGCUGGAGUCGCUACACCCGGACGACAAAGACGUCACGCUGUUGAUGGAACCUCAACACGCACACUCCCACCCACACCAGCACUCUGAGUAUAAGGAGGAGUUGGGCCAACACCAUACACACCACCAGCAUCAGCACUCCAACGAGCUGGACCUGGAGACGAUGCAGGCCGUGCAGUCGCUGACGCAAGGAGAGGCCCAGGAGGAAGAGGCAGAGCCGCAGCCCCACCAUGGCGCUUACCAAGACUGCGAGGAGACACUAGCUGCAUGCCGGACCCUGCAGAGUUACAGCCACACGGGGGAGAACGAAGAGGAGGGUCUGCCUUUGGUGGAGGAGUGUGGAGCUUCACAACAUAGCAGCCCACUCCCAAAUCCUCCAGUGCCUCCUUUGCCCAACCAGUCUGUCCGCUCGGUCAACAGUCCAGGGUUGUCUUCAGCCGUCGUGGAGAGCGCGCCGGCCGGACAGAGGGGCGGUACGCCGGGCCCCACCGGAUCCACAGGCAGCAGCAGCAGCAGCUACACCCAAAUCACUCCAGAACACCCGAGCUCACUGUCUGCCCCAUCCCAGCAGAAUAUGGAGACUUCUCCAAUGAUGGACGUGCCAUCGGUGUCGGACCACUCGCAGCAGGUUGUGGACAGUGGCUUCAGUGAUCUGGGCAGCAUCGAGAGCACGACAGAGAAUUACGACAACCCCAGCAGCUACGACUCCACUAUGGGCGGCGGAGGGGGCAACGGAACAGGAAGCGGGGGUAACGGAGGGGCGAUGUCGGGUGCAGUCGUGGCCGGACCCUCUGCAGCUUCGUCAUCUUCCUCCUCCACCACCUCUGCCACUCCAUCUUCCUCGUCUUCGCAGUCCAACAGUUGCUCCUUUGUGCAGACUCCCAGCCUCGCGCCCUCCACAGCAAAUGGGGGGUCCCAGUUGGGAAUGGGCAGCUGCAGCCUCAUCCAGCAAACUGGACCAGGAGCUAGUAAUGCAGUGCCGCAGCCUCCGCCACCCCCACCUCCUUCCAACACCCCCAGCUGCGGUAUCAAGUCCCCUCAAAGCUGCGGAGUGAUCGAGAGGCCCCCCAGCACCAACCAGCAGCAGCAGCAACCUCAGUCGCAGAAAAAGGUUCCCCAGCAACCGCCUCAGCAGCCGCAGCAAACCUCCAAUCCUCAAUCCCAACCUUCAGCGCCGCCGCCACCACAGCAACAGGCAUUGUCCCAAUGCAGCAUGGGCAACGGUUUCGCCUCCACACCCAUGAUCAUGGAGAUCCCAGAAAGCGGAGGGGGCGGAGGAGGAGGCCGUGCCAUCUACGAGCGGAUGAGCCAGGACUUCGGCACAGGGAGCUAUCCUCAGUCCACGGCCACUUUCAGCCUGGCGAAGCUCCAACAGCUCACCAACACUAUCAUGGACCCACACGCCAUGCCCUACUCGCACUCUGCCUCCGUCACGUCGUACGCCACCAGCGUCUCCCUGUCCAACCCAGGCCUGGCCCCUUCGCCCCAUGCCCUUCCUCAAGGCCAGCCCACCAUGACCUCACCGGCCAACCUCAGCUCCAGCUCCAUGAACCUGGGCUCGCUGCAGCUGCAGUGCAACAUGCCAGCGACCAACAUCAGCCUGGGUCCUCCGCAGUCGCACAGGUUGCAGGGGCAGAUGGCCACGGUCAAAGGCCACAUCUCCAUCCGCUCCAAAGCCACACAGCAGCUGGCGCCAGCCUCGCAUCAGCAGCAGCUCUACGGCCGCAGCUCGGCCAUGCAGGGCACCACCCGGACGCUGACGGUGCAGCGCGGCAUGAUGCCCAACCUCAUGCCCACGCCGGCGCCGUACAACUCCAUGAACAUGACGCCCCUGAACGCCAUGUCGGCCGGUUACAGAAUGCCGCAGAGUAUGAUGAACAGCGGUUACCACAGCAACCCCCCCUACAUGAACCAGCCAGCGCAGUACCCCAUGCAGAUGCAGAUGGGCAUGAUGGGAGGCCAGGGUUACCCCCAGCAGCCUAUGCAGCCCAAUCACCAUAGCAACAUGAUGUACACGGGCCCUUCCCACCACAGCUACGCUGGCGUCCCGAAACAGUCGCCGUACAUGAGCAGAUGAGCAGGGCGACGGAGACGUGGGACCAGUAUUGACUCUCAUAAUGUUUUUAAAAUGCCCCUCGCUCCCCUCUGCCUGGUCCAGUGCCUCUGCUGGCAGCGAGGGGGGCGGGGCUAGGUUGAUCGGAGGCGGAGUGUGCUUGGAUAUCCUGUUCCUCUGCGCAGUCAUUUUUGUCCAGGUUUUUAAUUUUUUUGGGGCUUGGUUCUCCCUUCAGCUGGCUGUGUUCGGGGAUUCGGGACGCGUACCACAGGGCUGAAUCAGGGGCCCCCUGACGUUCAAAGAGCCAAAAUGGGGUACAGUGUCCCCUGGAGCGGGAGGUCAAGAACGACCAAAAAAAACAACUAAAACAAAACAAAGAAAACCAUGAAUGACCCAGAGAGACGAUACAGGAAUUCCUUCCUCCAACAGACUUUGAAUGAGAUUUAAAGAAUGGUUAACUGAGUAUAUCCAACCAUGCACACAAUCUUUUAAUUGAUAUAGGAAGCCUUAUCUUAAAAAAAAAAGACCAUGAAAGCUUGUAGGUGGACUGUUUUGUUAAACAUAAUGUUAUAUAUUAUUUUUCUUGUCGUCUUUUUUUUUUUUCUGUUCGUUUUUUCGGAGUACUCGUGUGCAGUCCGACCUCUUAUUUGCUUUUGUCUUUAUAUGUGUGGCAUUCCGAAACGGUGACACACACACCACACACACACACCCGCUAGGCCUCUCCGAAAAGGUUGAGCGUCUCUCCGAGGCAGCUCGGGUCAGACGACGGUUCCUCCAAAACAAUUAAAAUAAAAUAAGAUAAAAAGCGGAAGGCUCGGGUAUCUGAGGCGGCGUCUGAGCUGUUUUCCAGAGUCUCUGUCUUCCCAGAUGGACAGUGUUGUACCAAAAAACACGGCAAAGACAGAGGAGCCGAGCGUGUUACUGUCUUAUUAAUGAUAUGUCCAUAAAAGAAACAAGUAGCAUUAUUUUCCAGUUUGCUGCCACUUGGAAACAAUUUUAGAUGUAAAUAUUCUGGUACUUCCCUUACACACGUAUAUAUGUAACAUCCACACACGCUGACUAGCCGUCGCCAAUCGGCGGCUAGCUCAGGAUCGUCCAACAUUCAGCUCCUUCUUUUUGUCCACACUCCACUGACCGACGGUGUACAGUGUCAGUUCUUGUUGUUUUUAGCAGCUUGGGGGAAGCAGAGUUGACCUGCUCAGAGUCAAGGGUUCUUUAUUUUUUAUUUUUUUUAGUUAAAACUGUAGUGUUUCUUUCUGCACUCCCACUGACUAGACGUUUGGCAGCAGACAUCCAGCCUUUCUGAAAGGUGUGCCUAAAAUGCCCGGUCUAGUGCUCGGGUCGGCCCUCGGACGGAGGCGCACUUAAGCUAAAGCAGGGUGAGAGACGAGUGAGCGCUCCGACUUUCCCCAUGGGGUACGGCGUUCAGAUGACAGGUGUAAACAGGUCGCUCCAUGUACCAGUAUUUAAAGUCAAAAGAGGACGGGAUUUUUUUGUUGUUGUUGUUCUCGUUUGUGUUUUUCUUUUUUCUACAUGCAUACUUUCUUUUGAGUGUAUCGCUCUGUUCUGUUCUGUCCUCGUUUCUUUUGUCAUUUGGUUUCUGAAUUUUAUCAGACUGGGCAGCUUUCUUUUAUGACACAAAAGCUGACUCUUUUUGUCUUUAGAAAACUAUUGUAGAGAUUUUUUUUUUUCUAUAAUAUAAAAAGGAAAUUCUGACAUUGAUAUUGGUACUGUCAUUUUUUUGUCCCCCUCCCCCUCCGUACCUUCUCACUUCUGUUUCAGGAAACGACAACAAAAAAAAUAACAAACAUUUUUUUAGCUCGCCUCUUGGAUAAUUGCGAAGAAAUUCAAAAUGUAAAAAAAAUUACCACUCACUUUUAGUGACUUUAAGAUGCCUUUAACCUCUCCAUUCCAUCUCAUCUCUAGAGUUUUUCUAUCUUUCUGUAGUAUAUUAAUGCUAUUUUAAACAAAAGGACUACAAAUAUCUAAAGGUCACUUGGCAUUGUUUUCGUUUUGUUUAUUGUUUUUCUUUUUUACUCGUGUGCGUGCGUGUAUGUGUGUGUGCGUGCGUGCGUGGGUAUAGGAUGACUUCCUUACAUUUAAGAGGCAUGUACAAAUGAGCUCGGUAUAUUUGUCUGUUUAUAUUGCUUCCCUUUUUGUAUCCUUUGUAAUUGUACAUGUCGCGUUGUAUGCUAAGAGAGAGCGCAAAAUAAAGAGACGCGGGUGACAGCGGAGCACACAGUGAAGGUUGAGUCGUGCUCAGCCGCCUCAGCUCUCUACUCUGUCCCUGUAUGUAUUUCAAGUUAUUCAUUUUGUUUUUAUUUUUUAUUUUUCUUUCUUAGCAAGAACUCUGUACAUUUUAACAUAAAAUGGAAAUAAAUUAUGUUGAGCCA